AUGGAUGACGGGGUAGUCAACUCCUCAACAGCUGUUUUUGUGCAUAUUUUUCUCUGUUCUAGAAAUAAACGAAGUACUCUACGACAGGAUGACCAACAGCGUGUUCAGCAAGUUCGUACACAGUUGGUGAAACAAUUUGAUGAUGAAAAGCGCACAUCGCCAAAUUCUACGGGUACAAGUUCAUCUCCACUCUCCUCAUCUUAUCUGAGUCGUUUAUCAUCUUCAACGGACAAUAGUCCCGUACGUCCACCCGUAUUAUUACGAAAUCAAAAUACUAUUCCAUCAUCAACCGUUCUUCCUUCAUCUGCUUCUUCCAACGGUAUACAACAAUCUCCAACAAAACAACUUGAUUCUGUAACACUAUUACUUAAACAAGCAAUUGUACCAUCACAAAUAUUUCAAGUACAAACACGAUUGGAAAAUCCAACAAAAUAUCAUUUGGAACAAAUGUGUCGCAAACAAUUAACCGAUGACGACAACGACGACGAAUCCUUGUCGUUAGAACAGCCACCACAACAACAUCAACUAUCAUCUACAAAUCAAAUACUACAAGAUGUCUCAUCACCAGAGAGUGAACGAAAUUCAGAAAUGGAUGAUCAACUUAAUGAUGAUACAACAUGUGGUAGUUUGGAAAGUGCAACACCAUCCAUUGAUAUAACGUCUCGGUUAUCCACCACUGUCGUUGAUGAUCAUGCAUCGACUUAUCUCUCAUCACCAGCUUCGAAAGAGGGAAUGCAGCGGCAUUCAUCAUCGUGUCCAACAAAUAUGUUACGUGCUAAAGCGCAAAUUGGUUUACCGUUAACCGAUGAAGAGAUCCGUCUUGUUAUACGUGAUAGACAAAAGAAAGAUAAUCAUAAUAUGAUUGAACGCCGUCGUCGAUUCAAUAUAAACGACAGAAUAAAAGAAUUAGGCGCAUUAUUACCAAAAGGCACAGAACAGGACAUUAAACAAAACAAAGGGACAAUAUUGCGGGCGAGUGUCGAUUAUAUUAAAAUAUUACGUCGUGAAUAUGAAAAUGCACGCUUAAUUGAAGAAAGAUGUCAGAUGUUAACGGAACAAAAUAAGUCGUUACAAGAUCGUGUCAAAGACUUAGAACAAACAUGUGUAAUACAUGACGUUGCCCUUAAUUCACCGAAUGCAAAAUUAAUUAAUAGCAGUAGUAAUAUUAAACAAGAACCAUCAUUGUUACUAUCAUCUGCUAAUAUUUUAUCAUCGUCUUAUAAUCAACUUUUGGCACCUCCAUCGACGCCGGUUUUAGUCGAUUAUCAACGACAUUUAAAUAAUUUAUCAUUUGGUGGUAAUGGAGAUGAUAUCAACGAAGAUCCUCUUCCCACGGAUCCUCUUCUUUCAUCUACUUCGUCAUUUAAUUACGGUGAAAAUGAUAUGGAUAUUGGUAUGGGUAUGGGAAUUUAA